AUGUGUUUCGGAUUCUGGCCAUUGAAGAAAUCCGUGAAGGGAUCGGCAUCCCCACAGAUCUCGCCAAAAAGGAAACCCUCAUUCCAUGAUCCAAAUGAAGGCCUGAGUGAGCUCGCGGUUCCACCGCCGAUCCAGAAUCGAAGUGACUCGGGGAUAUAUCGCCGUUAUACGCUGGAAGAGAGUCUCAGUCGAGUAUCAAGAGGCGAAGACCCCACACCUGAGGAAGAGGAGGAGCAGGAUAUUUUAGUGCGCCAUCACACUUUGGAGGAAAAUAUCGAUUUGGCACGGAGACUUUCUCGAGAGUUGAAACGACAAGCUGACGAUCUAAGACGGCACUCGUCUGAAUUGUCCCGAAAGAGUUGA